AUGAUUUUGGUUUUAGGUUUACUUCUUUCAAUUUUAUCCAUUUGGGCCAUGCUUUGGUUAUACCUUAAAUAUGUAAUGCCUCCAAUCAAUAGUUCUCCAAGACCACGUACAGGAAAUCAUGUAUCACGUUAUCUCAAAGCACCACAUGAAAUUUAUGUUGAUAUUGGACAACAAACUUAUUUUGUUACCCCAAGGCCUUUUAUAAGAUCUUCCCCCCCCUACCAACGUCCAAAACCUGUUAAGAGUCCAUAUUUUGACCCACCACUUCACCUAUCACCAUAUAUCAAUUCGAAAUUAAUAGAUAUUACCUAUCCAUAUAGUAACACACCUCCACAAUAUGCCCCUUUAUAUCCACAAUAUACCCAUACAUACAAUAACCCAUCAGUUCACCAAUCACCAUAUUACCAGCCACAACAAAAUUUUCAAAAUGGUUAUUAUUCAACAUUUUGA